AUGGCGGAAAGAUCUCAGCAGAUUAUGAGCGAUUACCGUAUCAAGAAAUUCAAGUCUUAUUUCACGCUCCUCGACACAAACAAAGAUGGUUUUAUUAGCAAGGAGGACUAUGAACAGGUGGCUGAGAACAUGGCAAUGCUUUCCGGAGCCAGUCCAGAGGAGGCUGAAGAUAUGUUAGCAAUUGCAAUGUUUUGGUGGAAAAAUCUGAGCGCUUCAAAAGGCAUGGAUGCCAAGAUUCCAAUUUCAGAGGCCUUACAGAACGCCAUAAGAUACAACAGCAGCACAAGUCCAACAAUAGUCUCAGAAAAAAGUCGCAUAACACAUGAAAAAAUUUUCGACCUGAUCGACAGAAACAAAGACGGCUUCAUUUCUCCAGAAGAGCUGCGGAUGUAUUAUAAGUCGCACGAAGUACACGAUGAAGAUUUCAUCAGAGAUAUUUUCCACCGAAUAGAUGUGGACGGAGAUGGCCUGAUAUCUCGUGAAGAGCUUGUUACUGCCCUCUCUGCGUUCUGGCUGAGUGAUGACCCUGAAAACGGUUAUGGCUUUAUCUAUGAUUUUCCCCAGUGA